AUGUCGUCCCCUGCUCCGAAGAAAGGUUCUGCUUUCACACCAGUUCUGACACAAUUCAACCAUACUCUUCAUCUUAUCGAGGACUACCAUGGACAAUUGACACGGAACUCGGUGCAAGAGCUUCGAGGAAUCUUGGAAAUGCUCAUCAAUUGUUUUAAAUCAAAUCUUUUUUAUACGCUCUUAGACCUUCGCGAGCUUUGUACGGGAACAUUGUUCAAUGACAAGAAGUCGUACAUUCAGAAGAUUAUCGAGGUUAAACAGGCGUUGGUAAAAUUUGAGAAGCAUCCCGGACUCAUCAGUAAGCCAUUCACGACAUCGUUCGCGUUAACUCCGACUGAUCUUGGAAUCAUGGCGAUCGCGCCAGAAGGUGGAGUUUUUCCGCAGUUGAAUGGUGGAAGUGGAGUGAUCGCGACAACCGUUUCGGCCACUAAUCAACACACGGAGAACAAUAGGGAAAGAUCCCAUCGUCAAACGCAGUCUGAAGAUGAAAAUUCGAGAGAGACGUCGAACGCGGUGGAAAGAAGCAUGGUGGAAACGACUCAACCUCGAACUGAGCGUCGAAGCGAGACCAUAACCAUUGGCGCACUUUUGCAACAGAAUAAUGGUUAUAUCGACUUUCAACAAUCGCGCAAUUCGGCUUUUUUGAGACCCAACUCGGUCCACGAUUUCAAAGCUCCGUUUGAUGCCGCGGCGCAUCCGGUGAGCCGCCCAAGUACGGUGCCGUCAUAUCCACUGGAGUCGAGAACGGCUUCGGUUGAAAGCCGACAAAGUCGUUUCGCGGCCGCCAAUGUCGGACAGACAACGGAAAUUUCAAGAGUGCAGUCUGUUCCACUUUUAAACGCCGCACUACAGCAAGGCCCUUCAACAUCCACCGCAGGCGAGCAAAAUGAAAAGGAUGCUGAGGAGCUUUCGAGCGCCGCUGAACCACCAAGGAAUAAGCGCUUCAAAAGUCCAAUUGGAGCGCCCGCCGCAAAGAAACCAACUGUGACUAUUUGGAGGCCAUAUUCAUGA